AUGGCAGCAUCUUUUCAUAUUUAAUUUUAUUUAGAUAAAUUAAUGAAUAUUGAUAAAGAAUUAGGAGGAACAGCAGGAGCUUGUAUAAAAUAUGAGAAUUUUUAUUAGAAAAAAAGGGUGGUGAUGUAUUUACAAGUUUAAAGGAUUCAAUCCAUACAUUAAUAUUUCAACUGAGAUCUAAAAUAGAAUAGAAAACUAAAUAUGUGAAUGUUUAGAGAAAUGUUGAGACCAUAAAAUUAGAUGUUGAAAUAAAAGAUUUGAUCACAGAUAUAGAAAGUUUAUUAGAUAAGUUAAAUGAAGCUUUGAGAAAAUAAUCAAAAGAUAAAAAAGUAUUAAUGUUUGAGAUUAUAAGAAAUAUCCUGAAUAAAAUAUUUAAGCUAAACAAAAGAUCUACUCAAAUUAUAGAUAAUAAUUAUAUGAUUUAUAAUAAUUGUUAGAUCCUAAUGCAAUUAUUGAUUGA